AUGCCGGCUAAGCCCUUAAGCUCCCACAAAUUCUUCCUUAUCCCUCUCUUAAGCCUCUCCUUCUUCCUCGUAGUCCUCGUUUUCUCCAUCAGGCCGUUUUCUGCGAAUUUGAACGACAUUGACCGCCGGCUCCAGUCUGAUAAUCGUCCGAUCGAUUUGAUCGACGAUCACGCAGGUAAUAUAACGCACCCCGUUUGGUACGAUCUAGUCAAGGAGAAGCUCAGUAGUGGGAGGAAGAUCAAGGUGGCUCUCGUGAACUUAAACGACGACGUAAAGGGUAAGUACCAGGUCGACGAGUCGGUAGCUGAGACUGUCCACGUUCAUUUCCGGCCGGUCUCAAAGGAGCUGAAAUGGAAAAAUUUAUUCCCGGAAUGGAUUGACGAAGAGCAUAAGUGGCGGGCCCCGCGGUGUCCGGAGAUCCCGAUGCCGCCGCUGGACGACGACAAGUACCGGGGACUGGACGUUGUGGUGGCGAAGGUUCCGUGCGGUACGACGUCGGAUAAGGGGGGAGUGAGGGAUGUGGUGCGGCUGCAGAUUAAUCUGGUGGUCGCCAAUUUAGUGGUGGAAAAUGGGAGAAUCGGCGAUUAUGACGACGAUGACGAGAUUGAUCGGACGGCGUACGUUGUGUUUGUGGGAUCGUGCGGGCCUAUGCAAGAGAUGUUCAGGUGCGAUGAUCGUGUGAAGCAUGUAGGGGAUUACUGGGUUUAUAAGCCGGAAAUGAGGAGGUUGAAGCAGAAGGUGCUAAUGCCGGUCGGUUCAUGCCAGAUUGCUCCUCCAUGGUCGCAGACAGGAAAAGAAAUCUGGAGAUCAUUUUCAAAGUCAAAAGUCAACGGAACCAGUAACUCCCGGAAAGAAGCUUACGUCACCAUCCUCCACUCCUCCGAAUCCUACGUCUGCGGCGCGAUCGCCCUGGCCCAGAGCCUCCGGCGCACGAACACCACCCGAGUCCUCCUCCUCCUCCACGACAAUUUCUUGACCACCCGUUCCGUCCGCGCCCUCCGCGCCGCCGGUUGGAAAACCCGUCUCGUCCACCGCAUCCGCAACCCUUUCGCCAAACAAAACUCGUACAACGAAUGGAAUUACAGCAAGCUCCGAGUCUGGCAACUCACCAAAUACGAAAAACUCAUUUUCAUCGACGCCGAUCUCCUCGUCCUCCGAAACAUCGAUCACCUCUUCACUUACCCCCAGCUCUCCGCCGCACCCAACGACAGGUUUAUUUUCAAUUCCGGGUUGAUGUUGGUGGAGCCUUCCGUAUGUGCUUUUGAGGAAAUGAUGGGGCAAAGCUUUAAGGUGAAAUCCUACAACGGGGGUGACCAGGGUUUUCUCAACGAGAUGUUCACGUGGUGGCAUAGGUGGCCGUCGAAGGUGAACAAGCUGAAGAUUUUUAAGAAGGAGAAUGCGAAGCGGCAGGUAGGAGACGACGUGUAUGCUUUGCAUUAUUUGGGGUGGAAGCCAUGGAUAUGCUACAGAGAUUAUGAUUGUAAUUGGGACAUGAAGGAUAGGUGGAGGUUUGCGAGUGAUUCUGCGCACGAGAAGUGGUGGGAGGUUUAUGAUUUGUUGCCGGUGGAGUUGCAGAGAUUUUGUGGGUUGACGGAGGCGAUGGUGACGAGGAUGACGAAGUUGAGAGGGAGAGCGGAGAACGGUAGUUUUAGUGAUAGACAUUGGAGGAUCAGAAUUAAGGAUCCUAGACAGUACCAUCUGGUUCAGUGA